AUGAAGAUUUUCAUGAUCCUUCUCCUCGCUCUCCUCACCAUCUCCACCGUCUCCGCCUUCACUGACACCGCUAGAACCGGCAUCGUGUGCAAGACUCAUCAAAACUGUGGAUUCUCGGCAAGAUGCAUCCAAGGACACUGUAUGCCUGUCCCUGGAACGUUGAUUGGACGCGAUGGGCCAUCCGGCGAAGAAUGUCAUUCUGGAUGUUAUGAGUGUGUCGAAGGGAAGUGCAUAUAUAGUCAAGUUUGA